ACCGAAAGGAAGCGCGAUUUUUUUGCCAUCAGUGAUUGGUGGUUGAAAUCAAAACUUGAGGCCACACCUAUCCGCAUGUGACGUACCUGACGUUACACGGAAGUAACGACGUGAACGUCGUCCGCUGCAGAUACCGGAGUUUUACGUGAAAAGGUCGAAAUUUGUUAGACUCCAGUGAUUAUUUUAUACGGUGUCCCACAUUAAGUGCCAGUUGAGAGCGUGACGUCGUCAACAUGGACCUCUGAAAGUGUCAGGACUGCCAUGGAAGCGCCCGUCACAGCCUCCCCUCCUCCCUACUCCUCCACCCUGCCCGUGCCGCUCCCCCUACAUCCCGCUCUGGCCCCUUCGGUCCAGCUCGGAUUUACCAUCCUGUACACGGUGCUGUACGGCGGUCUCUUCCUGGUGGUGUAUGCCCAACUCUGGCUUCUCUACUUCUACAGACACAAACAAUGGAGCUAUCAGAGCGUCUUUCUUUUCCUUUGCUUGCUCUGGGCUGCACUGCGCGCCACCUUGUUUUCGUUUUAUUUUCGAAACGCGCUGGAGGCCAACCACCUCCCCGUGGCGGUCUAUUGGCUGCUCUACUGCUUCCCUGUCUGCCUGCAGUUCUUCACUCUGAGCCUUAUCAACUUGUAUUUCACUCAGGUUCUACUAAAAGCCAGGGAGACUUACACCUCAGAUGUAGAAAAACGACUGUGUAAAGCCCGCUGCAUGUAUGGGGUACUGAACGCCAUCUUCUUUUGCAUCAAUGUGAGCUGCGCCGCACUUGCAGGCCGCGGUGAAGGCACGGGGUCAGGCCAACGGACUUGGAAUCUGGUCCUGGUCCGGGUGCUCGUCAAUGACUUGCUGUUCAUCCUGGAUGCAGUGUUGCUUGCUGUCCUGCUGCUGCUGCUGACGCGAUACUCGCGCUCCACAGGCCCUUACUUGACCAGCAAGGGCACCACAGUGUGUCGCACAGCAGCACUCGGCGCCACAAUCAUCUUGCUGUUUGCCAGCCGAGCUUGCUAUAACCUGAGCGUCCUGGUUCUGUCUCAGCACCACCACGUCGAGUCUUUUGACUUUGACUGGUACAACGUUUCUGACCAGGCUGACCUGCAUCAAGAACUCGGCGACAGGGGCUACCUGGCCUUUGGCGUCAUCCUCUUCAUCUGGGAGCUGCUCCCAAGCAGUUUGCUCAUCCUCAUCUUCAGAGUUCGCCGGCCUUCUCAGGAGGUCAGCAACGUGGCUGUCAACAACAGGACCCUACCUCGGCCUUAUUUUUUCGAUGACCCCCAAGGCAACGAGGAGGAGGAAGCUCCUUCGUGGGCUUCAACUUACCAGCCUCACUCGAGCUGGUAUGGAUUGGAGACUGCUCCUCUCCUUUUUGCCAGCAACCCCCCAGACCGAAGUCACCAGCAUCACACUUUGUACUCCACGCCCCAAAACUGACGCGCCAACAUGGGCAGGGAUGGCGGCGUUCUAGAGUGUGGUCAUCUCAAGGAAAAAACAGCCUGUCAACCGGUAGAACCUCCAUUUGUCUGGUCUGUGUAUUAUAUUUUUUUUUUUUUUGCACUGUAAGCCUCAGGAAUUGUCACCAAACAUUACAUAUGCACUUUUCUGGUGUUUUUAAUAACCAUAAAUGAUUUUGUUGUCCCCCAAAGGGAACCAACUUGUCAGGGAAGAUGUAAAAGGUUCAUCUUGUAUUUAGCUGCCUUGCAUCACUUUUCUAGAGGACAUCAACUACGGAAGUGGUUAAACACUGUAAAUAAGCGCUUAUUUUUCCUGGAAAAGCGUCAUUUGCAUUCCUCUUCAGAAUGUAUGAGUGGGCUGGUCUGUCAUAACAGAAUGGAGACUCAUCCAUCACUGUUACACGGAAACUGGGAGCAUUUCAUAACUGCACUCUUUGCUAUACCCCAGGUUUGUAUUUUUUUGAUAUUUUCCAAUUGACAUUUUCCAUACUUCCUUCGCGAUUAUCCUGCAUUUUGAUGCAACUUUUACUGGUAACUUAUUAAUUGUACUAAACAGUUUUGCUGACAAUUGUAGAAAGCGACUUCAAUGCAGCUUUGACUGGAUCACAUUUGCUGUGUAAACAAUUAAAAUGUGCUUGUCCAGCCUGUUAAGUGCUUGUGAAGUUAGUGCUUUAGCUGCAUGAAAUAACUGUGUCUGCACUCACAAAAACAAAGGUUAAAAAAUAGGGGAAAAAAAUCACAUUUGUAUUGGUUUGACAGCAUCAAUGGCCAGACCCAGCCUGCCACACUUUGUGGUCCACUAAAGCAAAUUGAGUAUUUUGUCUGAAAACCUAUUGGAAUUGCAUUUUUUUCCUUUGUUUUACUCCACCAAAUUCAUUCGACAUAAAAUAAUUUGGUUGUCACCAUUUUCCUUGACUUCUCCGUUAAAUAUAGAAUGAAACGGGGGCAAUCGUGAAAAUGUGGUAAUAGCCAGCCCUCCAUCUUCCAUACCCUCAUUCUCAUAGUUAUGCAAAUCACAUAAUGGCUUGGGGAAACUAACUACAAUUUAAACCUGAUAAAAGUCAUUCCUCACGAUGCCCAAACGGUUAACACUUUUUCACACUCAUUUUAUUGAUAAUCUUCCAAGAAUGAAUUUUCAACAUGGCCUGAAAGAAAAAGUAGCAGUUUAUUCUCCUUUAUGUACAGAUCACCCUGAUAAAACUCUUUAUACAGUAUGUACACAUUCAAAUAAAUUUGUUACAGUACCUGCAACAUUGAAAAAACCAGGACACAAAGAGUGCUGAUUUGUAAAGGGGAGAGAAAAUGUUAACCUUGCUUUUUGGAUCAGAUAAGAUCACUGCGCAGUGUAAUAAGCAACAUGCUUUCAAACCGAACCCAGUUGGUUAAGGGGGGAAAAAAAAGAA